UCUGCAACCAUGUGAUAUGUCACUUGAAGGUCUCACCAAAGAAUUUGUUGGUGAUGGAAUUGGUUUUGUACAAUGUGAUCUAGAUGAAAGUGAGAAGGAUUUAAUUAAGUGAAAUGUUAUCGAUUAUAUAACAAAAUUGGGUUCUUUUAAGCAUGUUUGAGGGAUUGCGCAGAAUUUUUUUUCAUGAAAAUCAAAUAAGGUUUAAAGCUAUCCUGUAAAGGUUGAAGGAUUUGUUAUUGUUUUACUGCAAUUUGUUGACUGGAAUCACAGAUUGAAGGAAACGUUUCGGUUCCUUUUUAACAUCUCUAUGUAAGAAGCAUUCCUGAAAUAUUCUACUCCGUACUUAAAAGUAUAACUUCUGUACUUAUUCUCAUUUGCUUAUGUAAUAAGUUAAUGAGAUUUGUAUGCCAAGAUGUCUGCAGUUCUUCGUACCGAGUUUUGGAUGGGUUUAGGCUAAUUGUUUGGGUGUUCUGCAAAACAUUGCUAAUUGAUCCAUAAAUUUAAUGUGUCUGUAAAUCAUAGAACAACGGAUUCUGGCUUAUUGUUAUGAAAAAUUGGAAGUUGCCUAACAUUUUGAAGUAGGCGACAGUUCUUUUAGUUGCUUGUUUUUAAUUUCAUCAAAGCUUUAAAAUCCACUCUACCAGCUAAUAUCCUUCCUACUCUAUCUGUUCCCCGACUUUAGAAAAUUGCUCCGCAGAGCAGAUUUAAUCAUCUUCCAUGGCUAUAGAAUAUUGGAAGAAAGUUGUUAGUAGGAUGAGAGGAGCAGUCCGCACAAGGAUUACCACUGGCAAUGUCAUUUGGUAGACUUAAAUUGAAUAACAUGGCAUGUUUUCCACAAUCGUAAAAUGCUAUUACCGUCCACUACACGAUUCAAGGUCAUCCAAUUGAAGGAGACGCUGCGAACUCCGCUUACGAGACAGAAAUUCCCAGAAAACAACUCUCGAUAUCUUCAACUACUGCAGACCUGCAUUCGUAAGAAAGAUCUUUCACAAUGUAAAAGAGUUCACUCUUUCAUCUCUCAGAGGCGAUUUGAAUCUAUAACAGCAUACAGAAGACAUGGACCCCCUCACGAAGCAGUCACGCUGUUCUCCAACCUGAUCAUUUCACGUUUGCCAGCGUACUCUCGGCUUGUGCUAAAAUAGGAGAUUUGGAAGAGGGAAUGAACAUCCAUCAAGGCAUUAAGGAGAGAGGAAUUUUGUCAGAUGUUGUAGUUGCAACAGCCCUGCUAGACAUGUAUGCAAAAUACGGAAGCAUAGAGAAGGAACGUGAACUGUUUGACAAAAUGCCUCAAAGAACUGUUGUCUCAUGGAAUGCAAUGACUGCAGGAUAUGCACAUAGUGGAUUUGUUGAAAAGGCUUUAGAAAAUUUCAAGGAAAUGCUAAAUUCAGGUGUAAAACCAGACUUUACAACCUUUCUCAGCAUCCUCCUUGCCUGUGCCAAAAUGGGAACUUUGGAAUACUGUAUGUAUAUCCAUCAAAGCAUAAAGAAAUGGGGUUUUUUGUCCGAUAUUGUACUUGGAAAUGCUCUGGUGGACAUGUACGCAAAAUGUGAGAGCAUACACAAAGCACGCGAAGUUUUUGACGGUAUGCCUCAAAGAGAUGUCAUCUCAUGGAAUGCAAUGAUUACUGGAUAUGCUCAAAACGGAUUUGUUGAAAAGGCUUUAAUUUUUAUUAAGCAAAUGCAGUUGGCAGGUGUAAAGCCAAAUUCCACAACCUUUGCCAGCAUCCUCCCUGUUUGUGCCAAAAUGGGAGUUUUGGAACAGGGUAUGGACAUCCAUCAAAGCAUAAAAGAUAGAGGAAUUUUGUCAGAUGUUGUAGUGGCAAUAGCCCUUGUAGACAUGUAUGGAAAAUGUGGAAACAUAGACAAGGCAUGCGAAUUGUUUGACAAAAUGCCUCAAAGAAAUGUGGUUUCGUGGACUGCAAUGAUUUCAGGUUACGAAAAAAUUGAACUUUAUGAAAAGGCUUUAGAAACUUUCAAUCAAAUGCAAUCGGCAGGUGUAAAGGCAGACUCCACAACCUUUGCCAGCAUCCUAGCCGUCUGUGCCAAAAUGGGAGCUUUGGAACAGGGUAUGGACAUCCAUCAAAGCAUAAAGGAUAGAGGAAUUUUGUCAGAUACUGUAGUUGCAACUGCACUUGUAGACAUGUAUGCAAAAUGUGGAAUCAUGGACAAGGCACUUGAAUUGUUUGACAAAAUGUCUCAAAGAAAUGUGGUAUCAUGGACUACAAUGAUUGCAGGAUAUACACAAAUUAGAUCUGUUGAAAAGGCUUUAGAAACUUUCAAGCAAAUGCAAUUUGCAGUUGUAAAGCCAGACUCCACAACCUUUGCCAGCAUCCUCUCUGCCUGUUCCAAAACGGAAGCUUUGGAACAGGGUAUGGAGAUCCAUCAAAGAUUAAUGAAAGGGGGAUUUUUGUCUUAUAUUAUAGUUGGAAAUGCUCUAUUAGACAUGUAUGCAAAAUAUGGAAGCUCAGACAAGGCUCGUGAAAUGUUUGACCGAAUGCCUCAAAGAGAUGUCAUCUCUUGGACUGCAAUGAUUGCUGGAUAUGCACAAAAUGGAUUUGUUGAAAAAGCUAUAGAAAUCUUUAAGCAAAUGCAAUUGGCAGGUGUACAGCCAAAUUCCACAACCCUUGCCAUCAUCUUUCCUGCCUGCGCUAAAAUAGGGGUUUUGGAACAGGGUAUGGGCAUCCAUCAAAGCAUAAAUAAUAGAGACAUUUUGUCAGAUGUAGUUGUAACUGUCCUGGUAGACAUGUAUGCAAAAUGUGGAAGCAUAGACAAGGCAUAUGAACUGUAUGACAGAAUGCCUGAAAAAGAUGUCAUCGCAUGGAAUGCAAUGAUUGCUGGAUAUGCACAAAAUGGAUUUGCUGAAAAUGCUUUAGAGACUUUCAAGCAAAUGCAAUUAGCAGGUGUGAAGCCAAAUUCAACAACCUUUGCCAGCAUCCUCUCUGCCUGUGCCAAAUUGGGAGGUUUGAAACAGGGUAUGAACAUCCAUCAGAGCAUAACAAAAAGGGGAUUUUUGUCAGAUAUUAUAAUUAGAAAUGCUCUGCUAGACAUGUAUGCAAAAUGUGGAAGCAUAGACAAGGCACAUGAACUGUUUGAUGGAAUGCCUCAAAGAGAUGUCAUCUCAUGGAAUGCAAUUAUUGCAGGAUAUGCACAAAAUGGAUUUUGCAAGGAUGCUCUCAAAAUCUUUGAAUUAAUGAAGCACUAUGUAACAUAUCCUAAUGCUGUAAGCUUUGUUUGUGUUCUAUGUGCUUGCAGCCAUGCAGGUUUAGUGGAUGAGGGCUGUACAUACUUCAAUCAAAUGAGUAACCGUUAUCGCAUUACAUCUACAAUUGAUCAUUAUGUGUGCAUGGUUGACCUUCUUGCCCGUGCUGGCUAUCUUGAGGAAACCCUAAACUAUAUCAUUAAGAUGCAAAUUAAACCUCUAGUGGUUGUUUGGAUGUCUUUUCUUGGUGCCUGUAGAUCACAUAUGAAUAUAGGCUUAGGAGUAUUUACAGCGACAUUGCUUUUCGAUUUGGAUCCAAAAAAUGGUGCAACCUAUGUUCUUCUCUCAAACAUCUAUGCAGAAGUGGGCAGGUGGGGUGAGGUUCAACUGUUAAGGAGAUUGAUGAAAGAUAGAGGAAUUAAAAAGAUUCUUGGAUGUAGUUGGACUGAAGGCCAUAAAAUGAUACAUUCGUUUUGUGUGGGAGACAGAUCCAUAGACAAAGGAGCUACGCAAAGUUGGAGAAGGUAGCUUGGGAGAUGAAAACAGAAGGGCAUUUUACAGAUUCAAAGUUGAAGUAAUCUGUAUGUGUAUGAAAUAAAAGUUGAAGAAAGCAGAGAAUGAGGGAAAAAAUACAAAAAACAAAAGUGAGAAGCGCUUGAUGUAAAUGAAAAGAUCCUCAAUCAGCAUGAAAUGGGAGAGAUCUCAGAAUUUAUCAUAGUCAUUUUGUACGGUUCCUUUGUUUGGAUUGAUUGUAUUAUCUUUUGUCUGGGUCUGUUUGAUCAUUUGAACUAUUAUAAUUUAUAU